GCUUGGUUGUGAUAUAAGGUCAGAAGCAUAAAUUCUAUCAUACUGCAUACACUAUCUCAGAAGUGAAGCUCUAAACCACUGUGAAGUAUGGUACUUUCUUCAUGCUCUUUGACUUGGAUAUCACCCUCAUUCUCCCCAAAGCUAAACUUGCCACAUUCCAACUAUUUGCCUCGCAAUACUGCAAUUUCGUCUUCCAACAACACUGCCUUUUGUGCAUUGGAGACAAUAUCCAGUGGAGAAAGCCACUGCCAGAGAAGACCGCUAUUGCUGGGAGUUGGAGCUUUAACUGCAAAUUUACAACUGACAAAUUUGGUAUUUGCUCAAGAAAAACCAGACAGAUACCAAGCUUUUGUGGACUAUGAAGAUGGGUAUUCUUACGUAUAUCCCAGAGAGUGGAAGGAAUUUGACUUUUUGGCUCAUGAUUCUGCCUUCAAAGACAAAGUCCUACAGUUGCAGAAUGUAAGGGUGAGAUUUAUACCAACAGAGAAGAAAGACAUCCGAGAUUUGGGUCCUAUGGAAGAGGUAGUAUACUAUUUGGUGAAGCAUAGAUAUGCUGCACCAAACCAAAGACCAACAAUAAAUGGCAUGGAGGAGCGAACCAUAGAUGGAAAACAUUACUAUACCUUUGAAUACAUACUUACAUCACCAAACUAUGCUAGUGGCUCCUUUGCAACAAUUGCCAUAGGAAAUGGAAGGUACUACACGUUAAUUGUGGGAGCCAACGAAAGGCGAUGGAAAAGAGUACGAGAUGAGCUUAAAGUGGUAGCAGAGUCUUUUAGGCUUCUUGACAUAUAAAGUGUCACGGGACAAUUCAACCAAGACUUGUUUAAAUAUGCCUACAGUUUUCAAAUAUUUGUAUAUCAGU